GCGGCGCGGGCGGAGGAGGCGGGCGGCGGCUGUGGCGAGCACGGGUGGCGCUUCCUCUGCGGCGCCCAUGGGGACAGGACGACUUUAAAGGAGUUUGGGGGGGUUCUGGCGCUGGGCGACCACGGAUCCGGCGAUUUCUGCCCUCGCCUCGCCCUGUCAUUGAUGGGAAAUCAACUGGAUCGCAUCACCCACCUGAAUUACAGCGAACUGCCGACCGGGGACCCCUCGGGGAUCGAGAAGGACGAGCUGCGCGUCGGGGUGGCUUACUUCUUUUCGGAUGAGGAGGAGGACCUGGACGAGCGAGGCCAGCCAGACAAGUACGGCGUGAAGGGCUCCGGCAGCCCCGGGCAGGAGACGCCCACCCACCACCUCCACCACCAGCUGGUGCUGAACGAGACUCAGUUCUCCGCUUUCCGCGGCCAGGAAUGCAUCUUCUCCAAGGUCAGCAGCGGCCCCCAGGCUGGGGACCUCAGCGUCUACUCGGUGUCAGCCCUGCCAGCCCUCUGCAAGCCGGGGGACCUGCUGGAGCUGCUCUACCUGGGGCCGUCGGAGCACCCGCCGCCGCACUGGGCCGUGUACGUGGGCGGCGGGCAGAUCAUCCACCUGCACCAGGGGCAGAUCCGCCAGGACAGCUUGUACGAGGCGGCCGCGGGCAACGUGGGCCGGGUGGUGAAUAGCUGGUACCGCUUCCGCCCGCUGGUGGCGGAGCUGGUGGUGCAGAACGCCUGCGGGCACCUGGGCUUAAAAAGCGACGAGAUCUGCUGGACUAACUCCGAGAGCUUCGCCGCCUGGUGCCGCUUCGGGAAACGGGAGUUCAAAGCCGGGGGGGAGCUCCAGGCGGCUGCUGGCACCCAGCACCAGCAGCAGUACUAUCUCAAAAUCCACUUGGCAGAGAACAAGGUGCAUACGGUGAGGUUCCACAGCCUGGAGGAUCUAAUACGCGAGAAGCGCAGGAUCGAUGCCAGUGGCAAACUGAGGGUGAUCAAGGACCUGGCUAUAGUGGAUGGGAAAGAAUAGGGAGGAGCAGGAGUACGUGGCUAUCUUCCUUCUGCCCUGCCCGGGGAGACCAGCCUGCCGUAGAGUCAGGAGGCUGCACCCUCCUUCCGUGGGACGCGACUGGAAGCAGGAUCCAUGGCAACAUUCCAAAAAAAAACCAGCAUUCUUUACACCCAUAGCCAGUAUUUUGUUUGGCUUUUAAUAGCAUUAAUGCUGAAAGAGCGAGAGGAAGAAAAGAGGGGGGAGGUGCAGGAAGGCUGUUCUCAGAGUAUGUGGACAAAGUCUCUCCUGUCAAUCGAUGUUGACCAUUCUAGCAACAUGCCAAUAAAAUUUCAAAUUGAAAUUUCUUUUUAAAUUUUUAUUUCAUGGCUUUAAUCCAUGAUAAGUUUUAAGCAUCUGGGACUGUGGAUGUGGAUGUAGCUAAAUGAGAUUUUUAGCUAAUAUUUGCCUUGUGGCCAGCCAAAAGCAUCAGUCAUAGUUUUCUAACUGGGAGACAAAGGGGGUGUUGGGGUGGAGGGUAAAUGCCCGUUUGUUUUGUUUCUGCACACUGCUGCUUCAGCCUGUAGCUGCAACCCAAAUUUUGUCCCAACCAACUGUGGCAAGCUAUUUACUAGGAAAAAAUACUUUCAGAUUUCCGCUUGAAAUCUAUCACAUUUUAAAUAUUUGCCAUUGCUUUCUGUUUGCAGCUCUCUGCUAAAUAUCAUCAUAAUGCAUGAGCUCUUUCCAGCUCUUCCCUCCUCCCACCCUCCCUGCCUUUUUCUUUUUUGUUAAUAAAAAAAAAAAGUUAGUGAGCAGCUGUUUUCCUAAAACUAAAUUCAGUGGUUAAAAGGAAGUGGUGUAUUUUGGAGAACAGUAUAGUCAGAGAUCCAGCCACUGGGAUUUCAUGCUUGAGCUGUGGAUUUUGUACCACUGCUUCGAUAUCUCUUCAUACACAGGUCAAUAGAAUCCUGCAAGAAACAAUUUUGAAUUCUGCAUGUUGCCUCUUUGGAACAGCAAUUUAUUGUAUUUACAAUUCCACUUAAAGAAAUAGAUGUAAUGUGGCCAAGUUCAUCUUGCAUUUCAAAUUCCCAGCAACUAAAAAUCUUGUUCAGUGUAAGUUUAGAAAGCCACAGCAGCAUUUAAAAGAUGCCUUUUAAUGUGAUGUGAGCAAUGCCUUGUCUGUAUUUCAGAUCCUGUUCACUCAUUGCUUAAUUCUAAGUUUUGAAGUGAAAGAUCAGAGGAUUAAAUAUAUUUUUUAAAAAUCUAAACAAGUAUACUGGGGCAUUUCUUUUUAUUAUUCUGAGCUGCAUACAACUUGUAAUUUUGUCUUUGCAUGUUUCAGUGCUGGAAAGAAAAUGCAUUUGGUUUUGUUCUCUCUUCCCACAUCAAUGUCAGAUGACAGAAGUAAUAGCCCUCUUUUGUAUAUAUAUGAUACACUCCACCCCUUAUCAAUGUACUGUGUCCCAACUUUUUUUUUUUUUUUUUAAUUAAACAAUGUCAUAAGCAACCUUGUUGCAACAGUAAUUUCAUUUCUACAAAACAUUUUCCUACUGUAGCUGAAGAUGCGAGGGUGGAGUGUACUUCAUUAUAAUAAAAGUGUUAGCAUAAGUAUCUUUAGAAAAAGGAAACAAAAACCUGUACCCCCAAAACUGCGCCUCUUCAGUGAAGGUCAUAUAAUUGGCUUUGUCCUUGCUAACACAUGUGGCAAAAUUAUGUGGUAAUGGGCAGUGUUACUUUUAUCACUUCCCUAAACUACCUUGCUUAAUACAAUAUAGGGUAAAAAUGCAAAUUGUAGUUACUGUCAAAUACUGUUUAAAUAGCCUCAAACCACAUCAUACUUUUUAAUAAAUGUGUAAUAUUUUAGCUUUAUGAAGGCAGUAGUGGCUGUCUGAUGAUAACUUUUCCCUUAACAUGAACAGAAGCUUCUACCUAGCAUUUGUGUAUCUUAUUGUUGUACAUUAGAUUGCUUAAAUCCUCUGUUAGAACUGAUUUCCCUGUACCACUUGGUGGGAGCUCUGUGGGGUUGCAGAAGGGCAUUGGCUUUACAACAAGGCACUUACAAAACAUUAAAAACUGAUAGGAAAAGGAAAGGUGGGCAAAAGCAAUUAAUUUGAUUUUUCCCUUAUAAAAAAUAUGCAUUAGAGACCUGAGGUUGCAAAAGGCAGGGAGAAUUAAAUGAAGAGGGAAUGAGUACCAGAAUGUUUAUGAAUGAAAAAGAAUAACAUAGAGUUAUAGUGUUAUUUUUUUGAUUUCUGGAAUGCUUUUUUUUCAAAUUGCUGUUCGAUUAAUGGGAUUAGACAGAGGUUACUUGGAAGAUCAGAAUUUUAUGUCCUCACUAGUGAGAAUUAAAAACAUUCUAAAUUUAAACUUUUCGCUGUGCUUUCUGAACUCUCUUUCACUCUAAACCCCAUUUUAAUGGAGGAUUUUUUUGCAAUGAUUUAGUAACCUGGUUCAUAAACAUGAUGAUUUUCCUUGUCUUACCCAGCUAAAUGUAGAAUGAUAUUUCUUAGUAUAUAAAAGAAAUUAUAGGAGUGAGUGAAACCUUAUUUGUUCAAUAAUAACAAUGCUCUGUGAGAGACCUUUGGCAUCUCUCUGAAUUUGUACAAAUAAAGGUAAAACAAUGUAAGGCCUUAGUACUUUGCAUAAGGACUGGAGAAAAUAUACUGGAAAUAGUAAGAGCUGGUAUUGACCAAGGAUAUAGUAUUGCCA